UUGUCUUGAUCAUCAUGAAACACACACACACACACACACACACAAUAUGCCCACAGCGAAACCCACACAGGCAGAGCUGAGAAGCCUUCAGGAAGCUGACAGUAACUCAACCGCUUACUUAUCUCUCUCUUCACUUCACAUCUGUUUCUUCUCUGCUCUGACCAGCCAGGCAACUGAACUGGGGAACCUCAGCUCUAAAGAUGCCUACUUAAAAACUAGGCCCUGAUUUGACUCUCUCUGCUCUUUAGGAAAUAAAUGUUAAUCCGAGGUGAACUACAAUUGGGAAGAAAAUGGGCAACCUUUUAUUUUGUUCACCCUUCUAGGAAAAUAUUUUAUUUCCAAAGUUUACAAGUGGCCUUGUUGAUCAUCUUGCAUCUGAGUGUGGAGGAGGAGGAUUUCACAGAAGUAAUCUUGAAUACAGAAGUGUGGUGGAGAAGAUAUUUCUAGAGGAGAAAGGAAACUUGUAUGACUUACUGAAGUAUCCAGUUGCGUGGGAGAGCAGAAGACUUUGGGCUCCUUGAGUGGAACUCCAAGAUGCAGAACUGAAACCUACCUAGAUGGAUCCCCGUUGAAUGGCAUUCACAGCACCAGGCAACUGUGUCUCCAGACUCCAUUCUAGAAACAGCAGACUUUGAGGAAAUGUUGGAUUCAGUCAAAUGUGUUCUGGUGGGAGAUGCUGCAGUUGGGAAAACAGCGCUUUUGCUGCGUUUUACCGCAGAGACAUUUCCAGACACUUACAGGCCAACCGUUUAUGAAAACACAGGAGUCGAUGUAUUCCUGGAUGGUGUCCAGAUUAGCUUGGGCCUUUGGGACACAGCUGGCAGUGAUUCUUUCAAAGGCAUCCGCCCCCUUUCCUAUCAACAGGCUGACGUGAUAUUAAUGUGCUUCUCCGUGGCCAAUCACAACUCAUUCCGCAACUUGAGGAGCAAAUGGGUUACAGAGAUCAGGACCCAUCUGCCUCGUAUCCCAAUUUUAGUGGUUGCUACUCAGAUUGACCAAAGGGAAACAGGACCUCACCGAGCAAACUGUAUCAGCCAGGUGCUUGGGAAGCAACUGGCCAGGGACAUCCGGGCUAAGGGCUACGUAGAAUGUUCCUCUCUUAACAACAGGGGCAUACAGCAGGUGUUUGAGUGUGCCGUGAGGACUGCAGUGAAUCGAGCCCGGAGAAGAGCCCGGAGGAAUUUUUUUUCUGUGAACGAGUGCAAGAUCUUUUAAACUCUAUCCAGUGUUGUCCUCUGUCACCCCAAAGCUAUUCCCUUAAUGCAGCAAAAUGGCUACAACAUAACAUGUGGAACAGGAUUGUAUUGUAUUAGCGUUUGUGGUGGACCGGUCAUGACUGGCACUGGAACUUUCUUUACGAAAACACAGCAAAACUUUCUUUCCCCAUCAAGAUGCAACAAUGCCAUUUUACUCCCAGUUGCAUCAGUGGAAAGAACUGAAGACAAUCCAAACUGGAAACUUAAAAACUGCAACAUUAUUACUGUGGGGUAUUUCUGAGAGCAUUUAUUUCAUAUUGGAAAUGUUGCUUUCACUGAAAAACCAGAGUUUCCUUCUCUUGUCAGAGUUACUGGGUGUAUUAUCUACACUACAGAUUUUUAUCAGUUUUACAUCAUUUUAACUAUCAUGGCUUUCCCAGAAGUAUCAUGAGAACUCAUUUGAGAAUCUGGAUUUUCAGUUAUUGAAAGCUAAGCCCUGCACCCUCACAGAACAGAGUUCCCAGGUUUCCUUGGGGAGAGAAAAUAACCAACACAAGUCUGUAGUGUAGACACACCUGUUGAUUUUAACUGUGGUUAAUUAUAAUUUACAUUUUCUUUAGCCCUGGAUUUGGUGGCAUAAUGGGAGUUCCAACAGCAAAGCACUAUUGUGAAAAAUCUGUUGAAAAUCUCCUCUGUAUACUCAUGGUGGAGAGUAACUCCAAACACCAUCCAGUUCUAGUACAGCUACACAGAUGGAUCAGGGUGGGCUGGGGUCCAUUCCAAGACCUUUUAUCCUGGAAGUGAUAUCCCACAUGGGUCUGCUAUCUUGGUGGCACUGGGAGAGAGGAGAAACAGCACUUAUUCAGCUUCUUUCUAGCAUUCGUCGGUUUAAAAGAUUAUCCCUUCAAAAAGCAAGACACCCUUUUGUUUUCUGCCAUAGGGCUCAGUGCAAACCAAGGGAAGUAGUAAGGUUGCCACUCCGGUUUUAUUCCGGCCGGGCUCCUAUAUAUGUAACAAGUGCUCGAUGGGCAGAAAUUUGAGAGGGUUGAUGUGAUCCUCAUCAUUGCAUCCCCAGGCCUGGCAAAGUUGUUCCUCCUAUAUCUAGUCUGAGCCAUUUCAGGAAAAAAGGUGGCAACCCUAGCAUAUAAGACAUAAAUUUUAAAAUGAGCAGUGUGUAAUUUAAACUUUAAGAGCUGUUUUAAGUUCCCUUGACAAAGUUUGAUUCUCUUUAAUAGAAACAUCAUAUUUAAGUACAAAUAGGAAGAUAAUAGCUUCUCUGUAGAGAGUUUCGCAAAUUGAAAAUGCAUUGUGUAAAAACAACAUCCCUUAAAAACACACACACACACACAAACACAUCCUAGCCUAAUUGCAAACAUUGCCAUCAGUGGGGGAUUCCAAGUUCUAGAAUAUUAGCAAAGAAGCUGAGAAACAUCUUUCUGUCCACUCAAUGCCUAUCUACACCACAGGUGAUCACAAGCAUGGAACUCCUGCUGAUUUCAGCAUGUUAAAGGUGCUAUUAAAGACAGAAGAGCUGGACAUUUUUUCAUCAGUUGGCAGUCAUGCAAAAUGUAUUCUUUGCUGGUUUUUUGCACUUUUGAGUUAGUAUCACAAAGGACAGACUGAAAGCACAGGAAGUUAGUAUUUAAACAUGUGACCAGAAGAUCCUGAGAAGCCCUUCGGUGUUUUAUAAUGAAAUGUGUUUUUUGGUCUGGGUUCAGCUAUCAGCGAUUACAUCAGCAAGAUUAUCCAUAUUUAGUACACAUGAGCUUCUUUACUGGCUGUAGCACCAAAGUGACACAGGUCUGAGUAGGCAGAAUGGAAACUGCUUCCCACUUUGAGGUAUUCUGUCAAGUCUACAUUUAAAUUAAAUACGUUAGUAGGAAAGGUUAAAGACAUUCAGAAAUGACAUUUCCUGUACAAACAGCAAGCUUUUUGCAAUGCUGGCAGGUAGAUUGGUCCUAAUUAUUUCAGUGGGAUGGGGCCAAUUCACAGUAGUGGGUUGUACAUUACAGCCUUCUGUUUCUAAGGUUGCUUAUAAUUUUAAACGAGCACUAAGGUGCAUGCUACAUUUUGACAUAUAUGUGCUGUUCUAAAGCCUAGUUUUCUUGAAACCAGUCACCUUUUCUAAUAAAAGUUAUUUGUGGCA